AUGAACGAAGGCACGGAUAUCGCGCAAUCCGCCGCGGAUAUGGUUAUCAUGCGGGACUUCCUAGCUAGUAUCCGGACCAUAAUAGAGGCCAGUCUCAUUUCUGUCAAGCGCAUGAAGUUUAACUUUACAUGGAGCUUCGUCUAUAAAACCUUUGCAAUUCUUCUCGCGGCGCGUGCUGUUAUCAAUACCAGAAUUCCCCCGGCGUUUGCAGGGCUCGGGGAGUUAGUGAGUGUGUUGCCAGUUAUUGCUGCUACACUGCUCCUGCGCUGGUGCAAGAUCUAG